CACCACAGUCAGUUGGAUUUAGUGAUACUGUUACACCCUCCAGACCUUUGUGUGUUUUUGAUAGUGAUGUGCGGAUCGAUACUGAAAUAACGAUAUCUCUGAUACCAGCUCUUAAUUGAUUCACAAAUCAAAAUAUUGAUACCUUUGAUACUUUGCUCAUUUAAAGUAAUGUAUAUCAGGAACACAGUGGAAAGUAGCUAAACUAUUGUGAUCUUGUCCAAAUGAUACACGAUUAGUAGGAACUACUUCUUCUUCCGCCUGGAAUUUGCGCUUGCAUAACGCCCCUGACAACAUGCAUCUGUUUCUGUUGUUCAGUUGGAUUGUGCUUUUUCCUCGUGCCUACACCCUGAAAUGUAAUGAAUGUAUAACAGACAUCACAGGAAAAUGCAACACUUACGAACAAUGCCCUUCGGAAACUGAUCAGUGUGUUGUACUGGGAAUGUUUACGUAUGUAGGUACCGUAGUCACUGGAGGUGUCAGCUUAAAAUCUUGUGCUUCUGCUCAUCUGUGUAUUAAUGGCUCAUUGAACACAGGACGAACCAGACAAGUAAUCACCAGCAAGUGCUGCAACACUGACCUCUGCAAUGACCAACUUCCCCCUGAACCUGUUGCACCCAGACCCAAUGGUAAAAAAUGCUUCACUUGUGAUAAAUUUGGAGACUGCAUUUGGAAUCUGGAUUGUGUUGACAAUGAAGACUACUGUUUCUCUGCAGCAGUGGAUUCAGCUGGUCAAGAGAUGACCAGGAAGGGAUGUACCACCACUGACCUAUGUUUGAAGGCAGGAAAGACAGAGCUGCUAGAAAACAUUGCAGUAGAAGUGAGCUGCUGUCAGGGUGACUACUGCAACGGCGCUGGCAGCACAGGUGGCAGCCUUCUGUUUUUAGUGGUGACGGUGGUUUCUAUGGUUAUUCCCUCAUAAGUGACCAAGAAACACCCCCCCCGCCCAGAACUGUUCAAUUUUACUUCUGUUUUUUUUGUAAGAAAGUUAGAGGUAAAUCUGAACACACCUUGGUUUCACAUGACAUCCAUCUGUUUGGAAUCAUGUAUGUUCUUAUCUGCUCAUUUUCAUUUUUGUUUGUUCAUUAUAAACAUAAGACACAGCUAUCUGACAGAGGUAUGGUCAGCAGUAACUUGCUUUACAGUAAUAAUGGAAUAUAAUAUAAUACAAUACACUAAAAUGUUUUGUCCCUCAUGGGAACUUUGGCUUGAACAACAGUGUAUGUUGGUAUGUUGCUGCAUGACCAUGCAGUCACAAAAUUAACAAUGACAAAUACAAACAAAAACCAUUUGGCCAUACAAUCUAUGGUUGCAGAGAAAAAAAAAAGAACACAAAAGGUUAUAAAAUCAGAUGUGUUAUGAAUCAAUCCCUUAUUACAGCAAUGAGAAUAUGAAUAAGAAUAAUACAAUCAAUGAAUACAUAAACAAUAUGGGCAAUAAACCAGCAAGUAAACAAAGACAAAAAUAAUGACUGCGCAAAAAAUUAAAUCAUUCCAUGUAAAGUGCCAUGAGAAUGGGAGUUAAACUGUUAAUGUUUGUAUCUUAUUUAGCCGUGCUAGAGAAGUUGGGAGGAAAGAAUGCUUGUAGCAGUCAGUUUUGUAUUUUCUUGGUCUGAAACUUUUCCUUGAGGGUCCGGGUUAGGGUUCUAACUCAUGUUCAAAAUAAAGGGUAUGACAUGAGUCUUUCUAUGAGCCUGAUGGACAACAGUUCUCUCAUAUAUUAUUUAGAGUGUUGGGUAAUUCUUGAUUCCUUUUACUUUCAUAGUAGUGUGUACCACCUUCUCAAGCUUAGUAACUAAAUUUAAUUAUCAUAAUUUCCUCUGAAAGAGACAGAAAUCUAAAGCAUAAAUAAUUUGGUGUACAUGAGAAAAAGUGAAAUAAAGUUCCUCAGGUUCACCUCGAAUACAGUUGUGUGAUUUAAAAGCUACUGAUCUGGCAUUUCUUACAGCACUUAGUAAAAAUUUGAACAUGAACAACCCGCCUCCCUCCAAAGCCCCGCCCGCUUCUCCCUGCCUGAGCUCUGAUGCCCCCCUCCUCUCACCUGACGCAUGUGGUGGAAGCGGAGGUAGAGGUGGAGGUCCGUUCCGCUUCGGCGUGUCUGCGGACCCCUCCUUCAGCAAUCAGACACAUCAUCCACCUGCCACAGCUCCUGUUUCCUUUGGAGACCCUGUAUUUAAGGGUCUGGUCUGUGCAGUGCUGGGUCAUUGUCUUCACUGUGCCCAGGCGAUGGGUGCGUGUGCUGUGAGUGAGCGGUCUCCACAAAUUUUCCUUGGACAUUUGAGGUUUCAUAGUCCAUACAUUUAUCAUCCUACAUCAUCCUACAUUGUGUGACACCAUGUACUUGUAUGCAAUGCAAGGCAAGGCAGGUUUACAGGGUAGGGAAGCAAAAU